ACCGCCGCGGGAGGGAUGCCACGCUGCUGGCCCUGGCUUUUCCCUUUGGGAACCACGCUAAGGCGUCUCCCAGCAUCCUGCCCCGGGCAGGGGGUCCCCCUUGCCCUGCCAGCUCUCCGCAGGGUCUGCCUUAAAUCCCUCCCUCCUCCCUCCCUCCCUGGCGAGGAACUUCUCCCGCUGAACUGGAGGAUGCUGCAAGCUCCUGCGGACGAGCCGGAGGAGUCCUGUGGCAAAGUCAAGGCGAGCAGGGAAGCAGCGUGCUCGUGCCGGGUGUCACCGCAGCUCGCUGCCGCCAGCCCAGCCUGCUGCGGCCGGUGUCACCUCCAGGACCGUGAGUGGCCUCGCGGGCGGGAGGUGCGGGGUCUGCGGGGGGCAGCGGGGCUUUCCCCGCAGCCAAGGUUUAACCUUCAGCGAGCCUGGCCGGUGCUGAGCCCGCCGGGGCCGGGGAUGCUCCUGCUGCGGGGCGCCGGCAGCGGCUCGGCGUGGGCGGGAAGGGGACACCCUGGGGAGGGGGACACCGCAGCCCCCCCUGUUUGGGGCCAGCCCGGGUGCAGGCGGAGGAGCGGGGGGUGGCAGCAAGUCCCUGUGCGGCUGGGGGCACACUGGGCCCCCCGGCAGGUCCCGGCUGCAGAGAGGUCCUGGGUGGUGAAUGAUCGGGCUCUGCGGGCAGCACCCGGCCCUUCUGCCUGCGGGUGUCCCCCUGCAGCCGGGCGGGUCGCCCCCUCCCCAGGGAGCUGAGGCGCCCUCCGCCAGGCAAAGUGGGGACACCCCACGCCUAUGGGAUAGGGUGGGAAACCCAACUUCUGGUGACAUCGGCAUCGCAUUUUGGACUCGCACGGAGGGAAGUGCUGACCACCACGGCCGGGUGCAGCAGGGUCAUGCGCCCACCGCCCCGACACGGGCAAUGCCGGGCGGAGGGACGGUCGGACGGGAGCCGGGCUGCUUCCCCAGGCACCCUGUGCCAGCGCUCUCCUUGCACCCACCUCCCUCCUGCUUGCUGGGCCUCUUGAUGUUUUAUAAGUCACUCAGCAGCUGCUGCAGUGGGUUUGCCGGGGAUGGAUGAGCCGGGGGAAGCCGGCUGGGGGGGCAGCGCUGGAUGGGAAAACUUGGAAAGGCCCCUGCGGGGCAGCGGCUGCAGAGCUCGGCCAGGGACGCGGCGCUGGCGGAGCCGGGGAAAAAAAAAGACUCUUCCUUUUAUAGCCAAGCUGGGGUUGUUGGGUGCCUGCGGGCCGUGGGUGCCACUACGGCCGGCCCCGGCAGGCCCCCGGCUCCUCCAUCUCCCCCUGCAAAGCCGCCUGGUGCCCACAAACCACCCUGCCCGGGCACGGAACUGCUCUCGGGGCACGUAGAGAACACGGGGGGCUGCCCUGGCCGGGGACUCACAGCCGGUCUGCGGGCAUGGAGAAUUCGUGGAAGAGGGGCUGCCCCAGGUCACAGCUCCCUGGUGGGUUUCGGCUCGGGGUCUACAG